AUGGCGUCGCCACCAAGUGGUCGCUCCUCGCUGGCUCUCGCCGCUUCAUACGCCUUCGACUGGAUCAUUCUCGUCGUCGUCGUCGUCGCCGGCGGCAUCCUUGGUCGCAUCGAGCCCAACAAGCGGCCCUUUUCCCUCGAUGAUCCCAACAUCUCGUUCCCCUUCACGGUAAACCAGACGGUCCCGACUUGGCUGCUCGUCAUCCUCUGUGGUCUCGCCCCCGCCGUCAUUAUCCUCUUCAUCGCCAUCGUCCUCGUCCCCGGCGGUACGGUCCCCAAGAACACCCCUCAGGUCCUCAUCUGGAAGCGCAAGCUAUGGGAGUGGCACGUCGGCUGGCUCGGCCUCCUGCUGGCCGUUGGCUCUGCCUUCUUCUUCAUCAGCGGCAUCAAGAAUAUGUGCGGCAAGCCACGCCCCGACCUGCUGUCUCGUUGCGAGCCCGACAUCGCCAACCGCGACAGCUACCAGGUUGGCGGCUUCAAGGGUGAGGCUGCCGGCGCGCUGCUCUACUCGGGCUCAAUCUGCAAGCAGACCGACAAAUACAAGCUCGAUGAUGGCUUCCGCAGCUACCCCAGCGGCCACGCCGCCGCCUCGGCCGCUGGGCUCAUCUACCUCUCGCUCUAUCUCGCCAGCAAGUUUGCCGUCACGAUCCCCUUUGUCGUCCCCAAUGCCAACACGCACGGCGAAGCCUCGUCGCACGUUGCUUUCCCGUCGCGUGCCAACGCCGGCGCCGAUUCUUCGUACGAGGCGUCGAGUAUCCGCAACGGCUACACGUACGGUGAAUCCCCGACGGGCAAGGCCGGCAGCGUCGCCAACCGCAACGCCAAGCACAACAUGAAGGUCCAGUCGCUGCGCCGCCAGGCUGCUGCGCCCCCCAUCUACCUCCUCGUCAUCACCCUCGCGCCCUUUUGCCUCUCCAUCUUCAUCUCCGCGUCUCGCUGGUUUGACUUCCGCCACCACGGCUUCGACAUCCUGUUUGGCUAUCUCAUUGGUACCAUCUGCGCCAUCUACAGCUUCCGCUACUACCACAUGCCCAUCAGAGCUGGUGCCGGCUGGGCUUGGGGUCCUCGUAGCGGCAGUCGCGCUUUCUGGGCGGGCGUUGGCCGUCUAGGCUACGCUGGCGAGCGAUCCGACUUUGACGCCCGCGUCGACCAGGCCGACCUCGGCGAGUCGGGCGAUGUCGACCUGCAUCCAGCUCAUCAAGCGGGCGAUCCAUCAAUGGGCGGCGGCGGCGGCAUGAGCUACCGCGCCGCCCACUAUGGAGCCAGCCCGCAGCAGCCCGGCCCCUUCCAGGACGUUGAGCUCGAACGGAUGGAGAACAUGCACCGCCCGAUGGGCCCACCAGGGCAUGCCUCCAGUAGCCGGGACGUUCGAUGA